AUAGUUUAUUUGGAGGAACGUUUCCUCAGUCAAGCUUUAACCAGUAUGCGCCAGACCUGCAGAAUCAUCUUCAAGAUCAGAGACAGAGUGGAUUCAGUGCUGCGCCACCGCCACCGCUACUUACUCCUGUAACCUCUGCCACGUCUCCCGCCAAGGCCACUCGUAGCCGGAAGCGCAAGUCUCCCCCCGCUAGUGAAGCGUCCAAUCCACACAAUGCUGGGAUGACCCCAGGUUAUGCCUACAAUACCGACGUGUCUUCUCAAUCUCAAUCCACUCAAUACGCAAAUAUUGCGCCUCAUCCCCACCAAGUCUAUUCGGGUUUAUCUCCACAACCAGGUGCUUCGCAUACUUCCGGGAAUCCAGCCCAUAAUGGAGAAGAGUCAUCCCAUUCGACAGGACCCCGGACGGUUACUCAAACUAAACGUGCGGAACAAAACCGGAGGGCUCAGAAAGCAUUUAGAGAGCGCCGUGAUCAACACGUUCGUGAACUUGAGACACGUUCACGAUUGUUGGAUCAGGCCAUUUUAGACGUUAACGAGGCACGGCGGCGGCAGAAUGAAUGUCAACAUCUCGUUGAUAGUUUGCGUCUCGAGAAUCAACGUCUCCUCGCUGCACUUCAACAAUACACCACCAACCCCUUAGCGCAGGAAUUCCCGAAUACAGUAGCAGACGGAGUCCAAGGGGAGUUGAGCGAACAACAACAGGCCGCCCAAGAGACAAUGAGCACUACUGCCGAAGCUGGGGACGUUCCAGGCGCAGAUGGAAUUGAGGACCCAAGGGAUGAUGAUGAGGAAGAAGAGGCAGCGGUUGGAGUAACUUCCCGGUCGUGAUGGCACGUCCUGAAUAUGGAGGCCCUCGUCUAGUCUCGCCAUCUUCUGCGCCUUCUGUGCAUCGAACGCCUGUUGUAGGACCCUUCUGAACCAUCGUUUGAGUAUUUAACAAUAAUAACUGUUACCCAUUUGUGCGCCCCAAUUCUGGUUUCUACGCGCACAAACUUAUCCCGAGUUCAUGGAGCUGCACGUCUUACAUGAUAACACAAUCUAAAUCU